AUGGCCUCCAGAGCUUUCCAGAGGUCUCUACACUGACCGAGCUCAGGCAGACCUCAGCAUGAACCCUCAGGAAAAAACGUUUUGUGCCUCUACAUCCCGAAAUGUCAGAGGGACCACGCUGCUAUUCAUGCUGGGAUGUCGAACAUCUCGGAGAUGGCGCGGGAACAACGCCACAUCCUGCGCUACUAUCCCUCUGAUCACCAGGCCAAUUUCCUCCUGAGCCGAUUAUAUGGGAGCAGAGCCAUGUCCCUCUUCUUUUUUUUUUUCUGGCCUUCUUGCAUGCUAGCGGUUAGAGCCACCAUCAUCUUGUUUGUCAAACCCAACAGCGAAGGCUUCUGGAUAUCAGAUCAUCAAACCGAGUAG